AUGGAAUCUCCUGCACCCAACAGCAGCCUUGGAUCUGCACAACGACCUUCUGCGAAACCUUACUUGUUGGACAACAAUAUCGUCAUCAAUAUCUAUCACCUGCCAGACGACAUUCUUUCUGACAUCUUUUCCUAUGCAGCCGUGUCGAAAUCCCUCCCCGCACAGUUGAAGAUUGGCAAAGCUACUGAUGACAUAUACCUUGAUACCGAGGAGUACCAAGGUUCAUUGGCGAAGGCGUUCCGGACAGCGCGGGCGCUUUGCCUUGUAUGUCGGCGCUUCAAUUAUCUUGCCACGCCAUUUCUUUUCCAACACCUCAUUCUCAUACAGUAUGUGGUAGAAACACUUCCGGACGGAAGUCUUACUGAACGGCAACAAACCCCUGGGUCUGUGGCGCAGCAAGGUAAAACUUUCGGGGAAAUGAUGAAGAACCUCCAUGGCCUAUUAGCAAUGAGGCCAGACCUUGGACACCACUGCAAAUCAUUAUGCUUCAUCUUUAAAGAAGACCCACAGCCCUAUGAUUCUCGGUAUGAGACUGAUGAGGAUUCCGGGGAAGAUAGCGAGGGUAAAAGACCACAAAACUACAUCGAGUUCCCUCAAACUGCGCUUCUCAACGACAUUUACAGCCUGAUGGCCAAUGUGAGAGACUUUCAAGUUGAUGUGACUGAUUUGACAGAGAAGAUGCCAGAAUUCUCCCAAGCGCUAGCAUCUAUGCCCAGACUGACAAGGCUUUACAUUAUGGGCGAUGUGGAAUAUUUACCAUUAGUUAGACAAAUUGCAACCCUGUCGUCAGAAUCCAUGUUGGAAACACUGGAUAUUUCCUGCACCACUGCGAUCGAGUGCGUCCAAGAUGAAUACGAAGCCCAGCAGGCGACAAUACUACAAGAACUCCAGACCUAUGCAGGCACAGGACCCUUCACAAGACUACUCACCGGGUUCCCACUCGGUCCUGAGCUACUUUUUCCGCUGGUAGCUUGGCCAAAACGCCUUGAACGACUCGCGUUGCAAAUUAAAUCGCAAAACACCCGCCACUCACCCCUCGAUGUCCCUUUACAAUCAAUAUUAGAUACUCAGAAGCAAUCACUCACACAUCUUUGCAUCGAGGGCAACUACGGACCGGGUCUCAAGGGUUUUGACUUGAGAGAUUUCCCACGCUUGGAGUAUCUUGCUCUCACUGACUCAGUUUCCUCCCAUUUUGAUGCGUCUCGUGAUGGGCGGAUCGCGCCAGAAUUAGACGCACGAAUCUUUGCGCCUCGUCUUAGAAGUUUCUUAUGGGUGCUACCGCGAGGAUGGACGAGCAGACGUCCUAAGAUUCAAAAUUUCUUCUCCGAUAGACACGAAGAACGGUUGAGGUACUUACUACAAACUGCUUUGCAAUUGAAGGAGCAAGCGAAGAAUACGGGCGACUGGCACUUCAAGAGAAUUUGGGUACAGAGUUCAGCCGUGGCACCAGAAUCUCUUGAGCAAGAGGCCCGACAAAAUUUUGAAAAUAAUUUGCGCAAAAUUGACGACUUGAAUGAUGAGUUUGGUCCACUAGGAAUAAGUGUACGGCACCUUCCAUUCGCUAAAUCUAACAUGAAUGGAGAUGACGACGAUGGUUAUGGAUGGUGGAUUAGAUGA